AUUUCAUUUUAAUUUGAAACUGUUAUACAAUAAUAAUAAAAAUAAGAAUAAAUGAAAAUUUUAAUAAAAGUUUUAAUGAUCUUUACAAUUUAAUAUGAGUCUUAAAAGCAUAACUCAACAGGAAUUUGAUGUAAUUUGCACCCAAUUGGACACCAAAUUAACUCCUCUUGGCUUUGAGUGCUAUCCGUUUAAAGUCAAAUGGUAUAACCAAAUGGUGUCUCAAGAGUUUCAUCUGCCAUAUGAUGGCAAUUGUUUAUCGUUUACGAUCAUCAGUACACCCGAUAUGUUUGAAAAGGCAUUCAUACCAUACAUUCAAAUGCAAAACAGUGUCGAAAUCAAAGAUCCUAUCAAUGAAUGCAUGAAAUAUUACUUAAAUACUCUUAAAGAGAUAUUCUCGGGUCACUGUCUGGAAGUAAUACACGAUUUUGAUCUCCAAAUGCCUAAUAGACGGCCCAAAGUGUUGGCCCAAACGGCGGCUCAUGUUUCGGGCGCUGCUUUCUAUUACUCGCCGGACGUUAUCAGCGACAUCAGGGACAUCAGGGGCACCGUUAGCUCAGACAACAGGCGUCUCCUCGGAUAUUGCAUUCAUCCGCAAUACGGCGGUUGGUUUGCCAUCAGAGGUGUCCUCAUAUUCAGCGAUACGACGACUGAAUCGCUUCGUCAGAGACAACCCCGGGAUGUCUUACAGAGCGUUGAACUGAAGAGAAAGUUAUUGAUAGCGUUUAACACCAAUUGGAGGGACUGGAGCUCCUAUAGGGAUAUCAUUGCUGUGCGUAAAAAGUAUAGCGAUUUGCAGAUUAAGUACUUCCAGAGCGAUGCCAGCGAUAGGAAGGCACUCAUUAAGACGUUAAUUGAUUGUCACAAAUAG